AUGUCAAAGCGACAGCUACGCUCUGACACGGCAGGGGCAACAGCUCUGGCAACAGAGCUGCCGCUGUCAAAGAGGCAGAAGAAGGUCGCCCCGGUUCGCUACUUAUGCUACGCCUGCGACGAGGAGAAGGCCGCGGGAUCUUUCCCCGAGUAUAAUCCGAGUAGCGAGUGCGAUCACUUGAUUCAUACAUGCAAGGUACGUGCAGCGAAUAUGACCUACCAUCAUUGUAUCUAGAAUAUACUCUAAUGCGUCACAGAAUUGCCUCAAGCAGUGGGUGAACACCCAAAUCGAGGAAAACCUUUUCAUUACUGGCGGCGAAGACGGCAAGGCCUACGGAAUCAAGUGCCCGCAGUGCGACGAACUUAUGAGGAACAUCAACAUCGAGCUGGCGACAACCAAGAAAUUUCACCAACUUUUCGAGGAGCGAGAGCGUCACCACUUCGCCGAGAUUACCCCAGGAUGGCGAUGGUGUCUGGCUCCAGGCUGCCGAGCUGGCCAGAUUCACAAGAAAGUAGAGGCAAAGGAAGAGGCCGAGAACAAGGAACACCAGGAGACCAAGGAACAUUCCAAGCCAAAGCGGAAAGGAAAGAAGACUCUGUGGCCAUUCAGCAAGAAAACGGACUCCCAGGUGAAGACGUCGGAGUCCGCGGAGGAUAUCGAGAAGCAGGCGGACAUCUGCACCUGCAAUGACUGUGGCGCCAAAGCCUGCGUGAGUUGCGACCGCCCUUGGCACACGAGCGAAACCUGCGAAGCGUAUCAAGCUCGCAUCAAGGACCGAAUGGAUGAGGAGGAUCGCACAUUGAAGGCUAUUGGGCGCCUGUCGAAGAAGUGUCCGGGAUGCCAGAAGAACAUUGAGAAGAAUGGAGGUUGCCCAGCCAUGCAUUGUUCUGCCUGCAAUGUGGGUUUCUGCUGGAUGUGCCUCUCGAUCUUCGACAACGGCUACUGCAAGUGCCAUCCACGGCCACAGAGAUGA